GUGUAACGCACGCACGGUGAGGCGCGUGCAUGCUCUCUGUGUUAUGUCAUUGGAAGUGUUGCACGUUCACUCACUCACCCAGCAGCAGUCGGUCAGUCAGCUGCAUCUGUUCAGAGGAGCUGCAGAGAUCCAGUAAGCAUGUUUGGAGCGGUAGUGGUUGGCAUUGGGAUUGCAGGUCGGGUGAGGAUUAGAGACAUGUUGACUCCACUGCCUGGCACUCCUGCAGAGAAACUCACUGUCAAAGGAUUCAUAUCCAGGAGAAGCCUGGGCACUCAGGAGGGGGUGGUCAGAUCUCAGCAGAGAGACUGUGAACAGAGAGACAUUCAUGUGGUUUUCAUCUGCACUGAGAAUGCGUUCCAUGAAGACAGCAUCAGAACUUUUCUACAGGCGGGGAAACAUGUCUGUGUCGAGUAUCCCAUGACCAUGAACUACAAGGCGGCUGUGGAGCUCUGGGAUUUAGCCCAGGAGAAAGGAGUGAUUCUCCAUGAAGAACACAUUGAGUUGCUGACAGAAGAAUAUAAAGCGCUGAAGAGAGAGGUAGAGCGGAAAAGCCUGCAGGAUGGUACUCUUCAUUUUACUGGUGGACCUCUGAAGCCCGGAUUCGGCUUCCCAUCAUUCACUGGCAUUGCUCGCCUCACCUGGCUGGUUGAGUUGUUCGGUGAGCUGUCAGCAACUGCAGCAACUAUGGAGGAGGACACCAGUAACAACUACAGCAAGAUGACUGCAAAGCUGCUAACAUCUGACAACAGUCCUCUAACGUGGAUCGAGGAGCGGGGGCCGGGACUCCCUCGAGCCAAGAACAUCAACUUUCACUUUGACUCCUGCAUUAUGACCCAGAUGCCUCCUGCAGCCAGGGGAACUGUGGGCAUCUUCAUGCAGGACAUGAUAAACUUCUCUGCCAAGCUGGCGGGCCAAGUGAGUCCUGAGGAAGUCCAGAGAGAGAAAAUCAGGAUCCUGCUCUGCUUGAAACUGGCAGAGAAUAUACAAGAACUUUGCCAAACUUGAUUGGGACUGCCCAGUUUUGCAAGUAGUAAAAAGUUGGUAUUAUUUAGUUACAUAUCAAACAUGGUCAUACUAAACAUCUUCAACCCAGCAGCACAAGAUCUAUACAAUAAGUACAGUUUCAAGAUCAGUGUCACCAAUUUAGUAUCUGACCAAAUGUGGUCACAGUUUCCACUCAUAUGAGUUCUGGUAUUGAAUGGCCAGAAAAGUGUUUUCUCUUUUAGAUAUUUUUAUGAAUUUCUGAGUAAUUGCCGAAAAAAAUCUGAUCAGUUGUCAUCGUUUCCAUUUGACUUUUUGGACGUACUGCUGUACUUUGUUAGAAUUGUGCCUUGAACCUUUUUACCACAGACACAUCACAGACCCGUCACAGUCGCAAAAUUAAAGUAUUACUGAAUGUGACUUUCACACUUCUGUCUGUAGGCACUGCAGUUAAUCCACAGAUCGGGGCUGUGGGUCAGCAGUGUUUAAUAGUGGGUGGAUGAAGGUUGAAGCGUCUUCUGAUUAACACAGACAGGUGGAUGAUUGAUGCCUACAUGCAGGUUCAGAUGAAAUUAAACUACUACUUCUCACUAGAGACAGAGGUCAACCUGAAGAGCUCUGCUGCUGGUGUAAUGUAACAUGCAGUAUAAAAUCCAUAACAAUAAAAUUACACAUGCA